UUCCUACAAUCAUCUGAUUAUACCACCAGUUUCUGACGUAUGCAGUAAUUUCGCGCCAACGCUCUUAAGAUUUUAUUAUUUACAUUUGCGAAUGUUUUGUUUUAAGUGCCUUAAAAGUUAAAUUAUAACAAAAGAAAUGGAUCAAGUUGAAGAGGAAAAGCAGGACUUAUCUAAUGAAGACUUGCUUGGUGCGCAAAGUUUACUUUUAUCAGAUUCAGAAGACGACAAAAGCGAGGAACUGGCGGAAGACAAAAAUAAUGUAAAAAAUGUCCAUCACUUUGCUGAAACUGAUGAACAGAGAAUUCAGAACAGCCCACAAAAUAUAGAAUUGCGAGAAAGUGAGGAUACAAUGACAUUGGAUGAAAUUAGUAAACCAAAAGUGAAAAGUAGAAUAUUAACUUUAAUCGAUUCCGAUUCAGAAGCUAGUAAUGAUAGUACUCAAUGUGAUCAAAUUUUAGACACAUUAAAUCAAUCACAUUCUGAUUCUCCGAAUGAUACACGCUUAACUGAUAAAAAUGAAAAUAAUAAUAUUAAUGUCGACAAUCAUGAAACAGAAAAAAAUAAAAAAAUGAGAAUUUCUGCCAAAGCAGCAUUGGAUGAAAUAAAAGCUAUACAGAGUGAACAACAACGUUUGCAUCGAGAAGCGCAUAUAAGUAUUCCUUAUCAUAAACCAAAAAAACAUACGCUGGAUGAAUUUUUAAAGAGACGCAGCAAUUCAAACACUUCCCAACAGGUUGUAAAUUCUGUUAAGUUAUUCAAAAAUUUAAAAAUGCCACCUGAAGAGCUUAGAGACUAUGCUAUAUUAAUGGAGGAGCGCGCUAAAGAAGCAAGUACAUUUUUUAAGUCUGAAUCAGAUUGUGAAGAAGAAAAAUACGAUAUAAAAUCACCCGAAAAGUGUUGUGAAUUAUCUGUUGAAGAAGCUGAGAAAAAUUUUAAAUCAGAUGAUCCAACAAUAAAUAAAAGUGAACAAACGAUAGACACGUUUCACACAGUUUGUUUUAACAAGGAUACAAAUUCGAUAGUCAAUACAUCAGAAACAUUAACAGAUAUUGCUUUGACAGUGAAGCCAAGAAUCACCGAAGUAAUUGAAUUGCCUAGAAUUGAUUUGCAAGAUGUUAAUAUAUUAAAAUCAUCAGAUACAACUAAGAAGUGUUCAAGAUCACUUAAUGGUAUCAAACGUUUAAUAUUGGAAAAUAAAAUUACCGAGAGUCCUACUUUAAAGGGAGAUUCAAGUAUGUUAAUUGACUUUGAUACUGGGACCACAUAUACCAAAAGACCAACAAAAGCUGACCAUUUACUACAAAAACUGCUUCUUACAAAUAAAUCAUGCAUUAAGAAAUCAACUGGACAACCAAAUAUAUCAUUAAACGAAAAUGAAACGGAAUGCACUAAAGCAAACAUUAAGACUCAAGAUGAUUUCGUAUCAAAUAAGGAACAAAAACCUGGGGCUGCACUAUUUAAACUUAAAGAGAAUUUAAAAAAUGUGAUUAAGAAAAAACGUUUGGAAGACAUCAAAAAGAAACAUGAAAAUGAACAAAAAGAAUUAAGUAAUCAUAAUGAUGUUGAAGAUAACUUCGAGGAAACCAGAGGUAAAAAUUGCGAAGCAGAUUUUGAUGAUGAAGAAACUUCCCUUUUAAUUGAAAAUGAUGAUGAUGAAAAUUUUACAAAAGCCUGCGAUUAUAAUGUGGAUGAAAACAAAGAUGAAAAAUGCGAAUCAGAUUUUGAUGAUGAAGAAACUUCUAUUGCAAUUGAUAAUGAUGAUGAGGAAAAUAUUAUAAGCAACUAUGAUUAUGAUGCGGAUGAUGACAUAGAUAAUGAUGAAGAUGAAAAUAAUGAUGAAAAUGAAGAUAGUGAUGAAUAUGAAGAUGAGGAUGAAAAUGAGAAUGAAAGUAAAGAUGAACAGGAAACAAUACAAUUUAACGAAAGUAAAAAUUCUAACCCUAUAAAGCUUACUCGAAUUAUUCAAAAAUUUGAAGAUGACUCUGAAGAUGAAAUCAACAUUUACAACAAUCCAGAUGCGAUAUCAUCUAAAACCAUGGCAAAAUUGUUGAAUGAUGAUAAUAAUACUCACAUUAACGCAGAUGAGGAAAUUGAUGAAUUAAUCGGAUUGUGUUCAGGGCAAUUUGGUGUAACUCAAACUUCAAAUCAAGCUUUGAUUUCACAGGAUCCUGAUACUCAAAAUAAUCAUAAAAAUGAAGAAGCCGAAGAUUUUCUACAUCUGAAUUCCAGUGCAUCUGAUGUGGAAAAACAAAUAAUAAUUCAAAAUUUGAAUGAAACUAAAAUUAAAACAUCAGUAGAGAAAGACUGCAAACCACAAACACUUCAUGUGCCUUCUGAUGAAGAAAAUGUAAUAAUAUUAUCAGAAAAGAAAAAAAAUGUAAGAAAACUUUCUAAGAGUCUUAAGAAAAGAGAGAUGAAAUUAGGAUUUUCUGACGAAGAGGAUUCUGAUGUUGAAGUAGAUGAAGAUCAAGUCGAAAAUGAAGCGUAUCCUGACACAUUUAUAGACUACGAUUCUGAAGAAAAUGAAAUAGUAGUAGAGAUGUCAAAAGAUCAACGCUUGAAACAAACAGAAAAGUUUUUUGAAAACGAAGCGGAACUUUCGGAGUCAGAUUGGGGAAGUGCAGAUGAGGAUGAAACAAAUAUGAAUAAAUAUGACAUUGAACUUGGUGAUGAAGAUGAUUUUGAUGGUGAAAAGCUUCAGACUGAAUUGGGUCAGAUACAUGCUCGUAAGAUGCUUGAUGAUGACAUUAAAGAGGUUCGCAAAAUACAAGAUAUGCUGUUUGAGGAUGAAGAAGAUAGCGGAGUUGGGCGGCAGCGCCAAUUUCGUUGGAAAAAUGCUGAACGUGGCUUCGGUUUAGAAGAUGCAAAUCAGAAUCAAACGUCAGCUGAUAGAAAUAUAAGUGACGAUGAUGAAAACGACGAGCAUGCGUGGCGAAAAAUUCGAUUUGAAAGAGAACAAGUUUUAAAGCAACAUGGUAUUAAUGAGGAAUCAUCCACGACACAAUUUUUAAACUGUUCACUUACUAAUAUUACAAAAUCAAACGAAAAUCAACCUUUAAGUACUACAAAAAAAAUUAAUAUAAUUAAAAUUAAAAACGAGACUUUACCUAAAAUGAUCAAAGAUGAGACUCAUUUUUUGAUACCCAAAGUCACUAAAACACACAAUAAACCGUCCAGAGGUUCAUUCUUAAUACGAGAUGAUGAAACCUUAAAUAAGAUUAUAAAAGGCACAAAAAGUCGUAAUGAUGUUGAGGGAGGCGGGUCUGUUUCAAUAACCACUGUAAAGCCUAAAAAUUUUGUUUUUGCCACACUGACAGAAGAGGAGCAUGAGAAUUUGAAGCGAAAAGCUAAUGAUUUAUUAAACAAUAGCAAUGAAAAUGGUAUUAACUUUAUGAAAAGACCACAUAAAAAACCACGGAGAGAAAAAUGUUUUAUCGAUCAACUACUACAGUAAAUAUGUACAUAAUAAAUUUUAAUCGAU